ACCUGCGAUUGUUUCAAUUGAUAUAUGAGUUACUGGGGAAAGUGGGACUCAUCACCUAACAGACAUCUGAUACACGAGAUUAUUGGUGCUUUUGAAGACGAGUUGGCUCGAAGCAAGAAAACCGAGACCAAGAGCAAGAAAGAGAGGAAGACGAAAGGUGGUUCUGCUGCUGAUGAUAACUCUGUUGGUUUGAAGGAAACCAAGGAAGAUUCUGGUGAGUUGAAUACGGUUGAACCGAGAAACGGCAGAGGCGGUGGUUGUGGAGAUGGUGGUGAAGAAGGGACUGAGAAAGGGCCAGUAAGGAGGUUGGUGUACUUCAUUGGAAAGAAUAUUUCGAACGUUUUGGGGUAA